UCACACAGACACAAACUGGUGUAUCACAUUAACUUGAUCUGGAUAUUGGCAAUAUCGAGACCAAACCAAACCAAACAGGACUGUUCGAUCACGGAAAGAACAGUUUUUUUUUUCCCCCUCUGAGUUUCACAAAUUCAGACAAAUUCUCUCAGCAUAAUGUUUCUGAGUUUGGGUUUUCUUGUGGGUGCUUUAGUCACUAAGACUGUCAGAAGGCUCCUUGAGCCAUACCUCAGUCAAGAUGACUGUUCAUGCACCACAAACGGAAGAAAUUAGUUCAGUUGAAGAAAUCAGUUAUGAUGAGUUGAGCACUGGAGAUGAAGAAACCAUCCUACCUGCAAGUUCCACUGACAGUAUCACCAUUGAAUCAGAGGCCGACCCAACAACCAGCACUGCUGGAGAAUGCGAAGUUGUUCAUGCACCACAAACGGAAGAAAUUAGUUCAGUUGAAGAAAUCAGUUAUGACGAGUUGAGCAUAGGAGAUGAAGAAAUCCUCCCACCUGAUAGUCCCAAUGACCAUAUCACCAGAGAAUCAGAGGCCGACCCAAGAACCAGCACUUCUGGAGAAUGUGCAUUUGUUACUGCACCACAAAUGGAAGGAAUCAGUUCAGUUCAAGAAAUCAGUUACGACGAGUUGAGCAUUGGAGAUGAAGAAAUCCUCCCACCUGCUGGUGCCACUGACCAUAUCACCAUUGAAUCAGAGGCCAACUCAAGAAUCAGCAAUGAGAUCUGCAGAUUUCCAAACAGAUUCAACAAUUCUUGGAUGAAUGCAACAUUGCAAGCUGCACUAAACCUGAAAGUUGUGCGGGAGAAAUUGAUGAAACAACAAACAGAGUAUUUGACACAACUCUCAACAUCAACAGCAUUUGUGAGACUGUUUUUGGAAGCCCUCCACAACCCAGGGAGGAGUUUCAUUCUACCAGAACUCGCUGAGAUUUUGGCAGAAUUGAGCUACACAGUAGAUCCAGUAAAUCCACUGGAUUUAUUAGAACUUGUGCUGGCCUGGUUAAAUGACUGUGGGGUACAAACAACUAUUCAGGUGACAGAGGAAUGCAAGUGUGAAGAAUGUAAAUGCGACCGUUGUAAAUGCAUCAUGAACCUGGGCAGCAUUCAUUUUCUACCAUCACCAUGUCCGUAUGGUUCAACCGCCUCUCUUCUCAGACAUGCUAUCAAUGAACGCCAGUGCAAAAGACACUGUGCCACAUGUAGCUCCGCAGCACAGAGACAAGAAGUGUGGGAUAACCUCCCUGACAUUCUCACCCUGAAUCUGUCUCGAGCGGCAAAUGCUGACCGUACGGUACUCAGAGGCAUUGUGGAUCCAACUCCCCACAUAGUAAUUCCUGUGGGAGAAAACAAAACACAGGUCUACUCCCUGUCCUCUGUAAUUUGUCAGAGAGACAGUUUCGAAGUCUCCGGGCACAUGUGGUCCUAUUUGUUUUCAGGUCCUAUGAAGGGUACUACCAUCAAGGCUGACGAUGAUCGCAUAUCAGUCGUAUCAGGACACAUGCCAGUUGACAUCUACAGACAUGGGAUAAUUUACCUCUAUGAGAAGUGCACUUAAGUUGCCUCUGGAGGAGAGGAUUAGCAUGUUUUUUUUUUUAUUGUAUUAUAUAGUUGUCUGUCUCUAUGUGUCAGCAGGUGAUAGGCUGGCAACCUGUUCAGGGUGGGUGGACUCCGGGUGCUCCGGUUUACUCCCACAGUCUGUACAGUUGUAUUGUAUAAUUGUCUGUCUCUAUGUGUCAGCCUGUGAUAGGCUGGCAACCUGUUCAGGAUGGGUUUACUCCAGGUGCUCCGGUUUCCUCCCACAGUCUGUACAGUUGUAUUGUAUUGUAUUGUAUAGUUGUCUG